AUGUUGGGUUUUCUUCGGGAGAAGCUUGGGAAGGCAGAUUCUUCCGAAGAACCAGUAGAAAAAAAUAUCACUUUAGAAAGGCCUUCUCAUGUAGAACUCAUAUGCCAGUUUACAAAACCUGUGGAUUUGAAUUCAGUAAAUGUGUUUUGGGAAAAAAAUGGUGAAGUACUUGAAAAUAAUUCCAUCAGUAAUGCAACAGGAAAUGUCUUGUAUGCCCAAUACAAGUUCACGGUCAUUAAUAGCAACCAGAUGGGAAGCUAUUCUUGUUUCUUUGGAGAGAAAAAGAAACACAGGGGCACAUUCACCUUAAAAGUCCCUGAAAUUAAAGGAAAAAACAAACCAAUAAUCACUUAUGUGGGAGAUACUGUUAUUUUGGUAUGCAAAUGUCAACAUUGUUCACCUAUAUCUUGGACUUGGUAUCAUCGUAACGGGAGUGUCCAGGUCCCUGUUGACAUUCAAACAAAUGAUAAGUUCUACAUGAUCAACAGAACAUAUAGUAAUGAAACAAAGCUCAAGAUCGUGCAACUUUCAGAGAAGGACCAAGGACUUUACGCAUGCCACGCUGUCUACCAGUUAGGAGAGAGCGAAAUGCUCAUUGAACUUGUUGUGCUGAGCUAUUUGGUGCCGCUUAAACCAUUCCUUGCAAUAGUCGCUGAGGUUAUUGUUUUAGUGUCUGCUAUUCUGCUUUGUGAAAUGUAUACCCACAAGAAAAAGUGUCACUCAGAUGGUGGGAAAGAAUUUGAACAAAUUGAACAGCUGAAAUCAGAUGAUAGUAGUAAUGGAAUAGAAAAUAAUGCCCCGAGGCACAGAAUAAAUUCAGUUACUUCCAAAUGA